GCAAUUACUGAUAGAAUGCAAGAAAAGAUGUUUAAAACUUUCUCUAUUUCCCUUCUUUCACUUUGCCUACUUCUUCAUCUAUUCCAGGCAAAGUGCUCAAGUCCCCUUGCCCCUGCUCUCUACAUAUUUGGAGAUUCACUUUCGGACAGUGGAAAUAAUAAUUUCCUUGUCACAGUUGCGAAAGUGAAGUAUGACCCAUAUGGCAUAGACUUCCCAGAAGGUCCAACAGGAAGAUUCACCAAUGGCAACACAUGUGUGGAUUUUCUAGCUCAAUUUCUUGGGUUACCUCUUGCUCCUCCAUACUUGGGUCUUUCAGUGACUCAAAAGAACAACACAACAACUGGAAUAAAUUUUGCUUCUGGAUCAGCUGGUAUCCUUACAGAAACAGGAACUGCAGCAGGGGAUGAUCUUAGCCCUACAGACACAAAUUGAGUUGUUCCAAGAAACUGUUAACCUUUACUUACCAGGGAACUUCAAAACCAAAGAUGAGCUCUUGCAGUACUUAUCCAACUCCAUUUUUGUUGUAAACAUAGGCAGCAAUGACUAUAUCAACAACUAUCUCCAACCAGAA